UACACACUAGGCUGAUACUCUCCGUGAUCAGUGUUAUUAUUGGGGGGGGGAAGAACACACAAGAAAGGUGAACAUGAGUUCACCUACGACCGCAGUGGAAGCACCAGAUACAAGUAGUAGUGUAGCAGAUGAUCUAUCAUCCAAGAGAGGGCGCGAUGAAACUGUUUCUAGUUCAAACAAUGGUCUCGAUGUGAGUAAGGAUGACAACGCCGAGACUCAAAUCCUCCGAGAAGGCGAAAAACGGACGAAACUAUCUGUACAAAGAGUAGCUGAUACUACACUAUUAGCGGGUGCGCCAAUCACCGAUGUCUUAACUACUAGUGUCGAGACUUCUAAACCGAAUACUGGCGGCUUUGGAGCGAGUACCGCGAGCAGUGGCUUUGGGCGAAAGGCUGAUAGCGGCGUUGGCGGUGGGUUCGGCAGUUCUGGUACGUUUAGGUCGCAGUCCACAAAAAUGACUGGAUUUGGCUCUGCUUCGGCCAGUGGUGGGUACUUCAUGAAAGCAGCGGCCUCGCUAGGCAAGGGCUCUGGGUUCGGAGGUGUGACCAGUGUGAACAGCGGGUCAGGUGCGGUCAAAGACACGAAGAGUCCAGCGCACAUUGAAAUUGGCAGUCGUGCGAUGGCGGAUGUGAAAGAGAGUACGAAAGUGGAAAGUGACAGUAAAGACGAAACAGCGACAGGGGCGGAGAAGGAGAUGGUUUUAACUGCGACCGAGGUCGACGAAAAAGAGGUGGCUUCGGAUAGUGCGCCAACCGUUCCGCUUGCGGGUCUUGUGGACGAGAAUUUUGAGUACACUACAGGGGAGGAGGGUGAAAAACACGUUUACAAG